AUGACCGCUUUUGAAGACCAUCGCGCACCAAUGCUCAGAGCCCUAAAAGGCCAGACCCUGGAAAUUCCAGACUUAGCUGCUCUAAUUUACCCAGACUGGCAUGUGGAUCAGCAUGAGAUGGAACCGGAAGUUCGUCGCGAUAUUGACAAUGAUUUUGUUGGGCGGUGGUUUCCUGAAAAUUAUAGACGCCAGAAAUUUGCGAAAGGGUCAUUCGCGGAGGUCGCCGGGUAUUUCUGUAACGGUUGCCAGCUCUUCGUGUGGGACGAUGGUAAAGUCUCAAAAAUCGACUGUGGAAAUCUAACCAAAGACGAAACAGGCACAAAGCAAUGCCAAAAUGAUACAAUCUCCUUCUUGAAGACCUGUCUUGAGCCCAAUGAGCCCGGAAGUUCUCAAAGCCACGCCACACUAGGAACCCACAACUCAAAUUGUUUCAAGGAGAUUGGAGAUGCGAUGAAAAAAGGCCAGUCUAAAGAAGCACUACAUCGCUUUGCAGUUUCAAUGUACGAAUAUGUUGAUUCCGUUUGCCAUGCCCAAAAAGUGCGCGUAACAGGUUUUCCCACAUGGGAAGAGUACCUUGACAACAGGGAGCAGACUGUUGGGGCCUACCCUUAUAUUAUGGCCAUGGAAUAUGCUUACGAGGUUGUAAUUCCAUCGUGGGUUUACGAGACUGAAGAAUUUCAAGUCAUGUUCAAGGAGACAACCAUCGCAAUAAUAAUGGUUAAUGAUAUUUGUUCCUUGAAAAAAGAGAUUACCGAAGAACAAGUUGAAAGUGCAAUUCCAUUGAAGAUGCAUCACCAGGGCCAUAAAAAUGCACAGGAUGCACUGAACGAGAUCAUCGAAGAUAUGUCAAAAUCUAGACAGCGCUUUAACGUAGCAGAACAUCUGUUUCUGCAAAGAAAAGAAUAUCAGUACAUGAAUGCUUCAGCUCAAGGGGGUGUGGAAAUACUCAUACAAGGGUGCAAGAACAUGAUUCUGGGAAACCUGAAAUGGUCUUUUUCAACCAAGCGAUAUGAGCCGGACGAGAGACCAGGAGGAUGGGCAGCCACAUACCGCUUAUAA